AAUCUAAAAAUGCACCUCCUAAAUAAACCUAUUCUUCCCCAUUGACUAUUAUCUUCGACCGUUCCUCUCGCGCGCGCGCCAUAGUCCCUGACCUGCAGCAGUGUCAUCGCAGCCUACGUCUUCGUCGCCGUCGCCGUCGCCGUCCCGGUCGCCACAGUUAUUGUUGAAGAUACAGAGAAGUCAAAACAAGCCCAUGACAUGAAAACCAAAAGCCACUUUGCUGCAGAAACAUAGCAAGAUGCACGGUAUGUGGUCUGCAUCUCUCUCUUAAAAUGCAGAGGAUUUGGAAGCCCAACAAAAAAAUAGAGGAAUGAAAGUCUGAAUUGAAGAUGACACAUUCUUGUGGUAGAAAAGAGAGCAUAAUUGAAAGAGUGGGAGGCAACCAAUUCUUCUGGAAUGAGAUAGAGAAUACAAAACAAAGUCCUUCUUUUUGUCCCUAGGAAAAGAGCAGCAGGCAGCACUGUGUUUGCAGCCUCCACUUCUUUGACCUUCAUGGACAAUGAUGGACAUCUUUGAGCACAAGGACCUCUCAAAGUGGGCAAGUUGUGCAUCAGCUUUCUAACAAAAGGAAUUUCUUUUGGUUGUGUGACUAUAUUGAGGUCAGGGCUUUUCAUAGGUUUAACUUUAGUUGUCAUUAUCAUUAUUGUAGUUGGUAUAUUAUUUUGUACACUAUAAAAUAUGGAUGCUUGUCUAUAAACAUGUACGACAUUUGAUGGGCCAUUGAGUUUGAAAUGCUGGCAAGCUUUCGAUCACCAUUCACUUUGAUCCAAGCUUUUGAGAUUAAUAGACUUCUACUCAUAAAUGGCAUGGUUAGGUGGAGAUCUAUGACCAGUCUUCCAAGUGACUCUCUGGCCAUCACAUUUCCUGAGAAAGGGGGUGCAAAUUUGGAAAUGAAACAUUCUAAUAUGUUAAUCUCAAAUCUCUGCAAGGAAGGCAGGAUAGAUGAAGCACGCAAGCUGUUUGAGGGAAUGGUUGAACGGGAUGUUGUUUUAUGGACAACUAUGAUAUCUGGAUAUGUCAAAUGUGGGAUGAUGAAGGAAGCAAGGAGGCUGUUUGAUAGAGUGGAUGCCAAAAACAAUGUUGUCACAUGGACUGCCAUGGUUGCUGGUUAUAUAAGGUUCAAGCAAAUAAAAGAAGCUGAGAGGUUAUUUUAUGCAAUGCCUUUGAGAAAUGUCGUGUCUUGGAACACAAUGAUUGACGGAUAUGCACGAAAUGAUCAAAUUGAGUUGGCUUUAGAUUUGUUUAGGAGAAUGCCUGAGAAAAAUGUAGUUUCAUGGAAUACUAUCAUUACAGCAUUGUCUCAAUGUGGGAGGAUUGAGGAUGCAUGUAAGCUUUUUAAUCAUAUGCCAAAAAGGGAUGUGAUUUCAUGGACUGCCUUGGUUGUAGGAUUGUCAAAAAAUGGUAGAAUUGAUGAAGCUCGUGCUCUUUUUGAUAAUAUGCCUGUGCGUAAUGUGGUCUCAUGGAAUGCAAUGAUUGCCAGUUAUGCCCAGAAUAAAAGGUUUGAUGAAGCUAUAGAAUUGUUUGAGAGAAUGCCUGAACGAGACACACCUUCUUGGAAUGCAAUGAUCACAGGUUUCAUUCAGAAUGGGAACUUAGAUAGGGCUGAAAAGCUAUUCAAUGAAAUGCCACAAAAAAAUGUCAUUACAUGGACUGCAAUGAUGACAGGUUAUGUGCAACAUGGGCGAAGUGAAGAAGCAUUGAGAAUGCUUAACAAAAUGCUGGCUAUUGACUGGAUUAAACCGAACACAGGAACCUUUGUGACUGUCUUGGGUGCUUGCAGUGACUUAGCUGGUCUUUGUGAGGGACAACAAAUUCAUCAACUUAUAAGUAAAACAGUCUAUCAGGACAACACAUGUGUGGUAUCUGCGCUGAUAAAUAUGUACUCAAAGUGUGGAGAGUUAAGUGCUGCUAGGAAGUUGUUUGAUGAUGAUUUAUCAGGCCAAAGGGAUUUGAUAUCUUGGAAUGGCAUGAUUGCUGCAUACGCACACCAUGGAUGUGGUAAGGAGGCGAUUAACCUAUUCAAUGAAAUGCAAGAAUCUGGGCACCAUGCAAAUGAUGUCACGUAUGUGGAAUUGCUCUCUGCUUGCAGUCAUUCUGGUUUAGUGGAGGAGGGGUUGAAAUUCUUUGAUAAUCUUGUAAAAGACAAGUCCAUCCAAGUCAAAGAAGAUCAUUACACAUGUUUGAUUGAUCUUUGUGGUCGAGCAGGAAGAUUGAAAGAAGCUUAUAAUAUCAUUGAAGGACUUGGAGAAAAGGCAUCAUUGUCUAUUUGGGGUGCUCUCCUUGCUGGAUGUAAUGUCCAUGGAAAUGCUGAUAUUGGUAAACUAGCUGCAAAAAAGAUUUUUAAAAUUGAACCUGAAAAUGCUGGAACUUAUUCUUUACUAUCUAACAUGUAUGCAUCAGUGGGAAAGUGGAAAGAAGCUGCUAUCAUGAGGAUGAAAAUGAAGGACAAAGGAUUAAAGAAGCAACCUGGUUGUAGUUGGAUAGAAGUCAACAAUAAAGUGCAAGUAUUUGUUGUUAGUGAUAAGUCACAUUCUCAAUCAGAGGAGAUGAACUAUUUGCUUAUUGCUCUACAUGCGAAAAUGAAGAAGAUUGGGGACACACCAGAUGAUGAUUUAUUAGUUCAUGUGGAAUUUGAGUAGCAUGAACUUGUAUUGCCUGAUAUUUCAAUAAUCUAGAAUGGAGAUGAACUGUGAGAAAGAUCAUUGGUGAGAGAUAUUAACAUGCUUCUAGCCCAAAUAUUGUUUGCAUUAGUUAUGGAUAUACAUACUAAAACCACCAUUCUUUUUCGACCAA